CUCGCGCUGCGCGCGCGGUCCGCCUUCGCCGCUCGGCGCCCUUAUUUCGGCUGCGAGGGGCGGGCGCGCGCGUAAAAGCAUAGAGACGGGCGUUGAGCUGUCGGGCUAGAGCGUCGCCGAGUCGGAGCCGGAGCCCGAGCCGCGCGCUGUGUCUCCGCUGCGUCCGCCGAGGCUCCGAGUGUCAGGGACAAAAGCCGCCACCGCGCCGCUCGCUCCCACCACCAGGGCUCAUUCGCCGCCGCCGCCGCCGCCCUGAGGAGAGUCUGCCGUCGCCGCUACCCGUCAGGAUCCGAGAGCCAUGUCGGCCAGCAGCCUCUUGGAGCAGAGACCUAAAGGUCAAGGGAACAAAGUACAAAAUGGAUCCGUACAUCAAAAGGAUGGAUUAAAUGAUGAUGAUUUUGAACCUUACUUGAGUCCACAGGCAAGACCCAAUAAUGCUUAUACUGCCAUGUCAGACUCAUACUUACCCAGUUACUACAGCCCCUCCAUUGGCUUUUCCUAUUCUUUGGGUGAAGCUGCUUGGUCUACUGGGGGUGACACAGCCAUGCCAUAUCUAACUUCUUACGGACAGCUGAGCAACGGAGAGCCCCACUUCCUACCAGAUGCAAUGUUUGGGCAACCAGGAGCCCUAGGUAGCACUCCAUUUCUUGGUCAGCAUGGUUUUAAUUUCUUUCCCAGUGGGAUUGACUUCUCAGCCUGGGGAAAUAACAGUUCUCAGGGACAGUCUACACAGAGCUCUGGAUAUAGUAGCAAUUAUGCUUAUGCACCUAGCUCCUUAGGUGGAGCCAUGAUUGAUGGACAGUCAGCUUUUGCCAAUGAGACCCUCAAUAAGGCUCCUGGCAUGAAUACCAUAGACCAAGGGAUGGCAGCACUGAAGCUGGGUAGCACAGAAGUUGCAAGCAGUGUUCCAAAAGUUGUGGGUUCUGCUGUUGGUAGUGGGUCCAUUACUAGUAACAUCGUGGCUUCCAAUAGCUUGCCUCCAGCUACCAUUGCGCCUCCAAAACCAGCAUCUUGGGCUGAUAUUGCUAGCAAGCCUGCAAAACAGCAACCCAAGCUGAAGACAAAGAAUGGCAUUGCAGGUUCAAGUCUUCCACCACCCCCAAUAAAGCAUAACAUGGAUAUUGGAACUUGGGAUAACAAGGGUCCAAUGGCAAAAGCCCCUUCACAGGCUUUGGUUCAGAAUAUAGGUCAGCCAACUCAAGGGUCUCCCCAGCCUGUAGGUCAGCAGGCUAACAAUAGCCCACCAGUGGCUCAGUCAUCAGUAGGACAACAGACACAGCCAUUGCCUCCACCUCCACCACAACCUGCCCAACUCUCAGUUCAACAACAGGCAGCUCAGCCCACCCGCUGGGUAGCACCUCGGAACCGUGGCAGUGGGUUCGGUCAUAAUGGGGUGGAUGGUAAUGGAGUAGGACAGUCCCAGGCUGGUUCUGGAUCUACUCCUUCAGAACCACAUCCAGUGCUGGAGAAGCUACGGUCCAUUAAUAAUUACAACCCCAAGGAUUUUGACUGGAAUCUGAAACAUGGCCGGGUUUUCAUUAUCAAGAGCUACUCUGAGGACGAUAUCCACCGAUCCAUUAAGUAUAAUAUCUGGUGCAGCACAGAGCAUGGUAAUAAGAGACUGGAUGCUGCUUACCGUUCCAUGAAUGGGAAAGGCCCCGUUUACUUACUUUUCAGUGUCAACGGCAGUGGACACUUCUGUGGCGUUGCAGAAAUGAAAUCUGCUGUGGACUACAACACAUGUGCAGGUGUUUGGUCCCAGGACAAAUGGAAGGGUCGUUUUGAUGUCAGAUGGAUUUUUGUGAAGGACGUUCCCAAUAGCCAACUGCGACACAUUCGUCUAGAGAACAACGAGAAUAAACCAGUGACCAACUCGAGGGACACUCAGGAAGUGCCUCUGGAAAAAGCUAAGCAGGUGUUGAAAAUCAUAGCCAGCUACAAGCACACCACUUCCAUUUUCGAUGACUUCUCACACUAUGAGAAACGCCAAGAGGAAGAAGAAAGUGUUAAAAAGGAGCGUCAAGGUCGUGGGAAGUAAAACGCAGUUCUGCAUAGACUGCAGCAACGGUUGCAUCUGCAAAUCCUAAGAGGAAAAAUGACCUUCAAGAGAAUUAGGACUUUUUUCUUAAUCUCAUUGACUUCAGAGACGAUUGCAGUCUUGCAGUUUAAGUAUUGGAAUUUCACAAAAGACAUAGGACUUAACUGGAAAAUGGAAAAAAAAAAGAAAAAAAGAAAAGAAAAGGAAAAAACUAAACAAAAACCCUCUAGGUAGUUUAGGUGAAAAAUGUCCCUCUUAUUUUGGCUUUGGUUGUGAUUUCAGAGCAUAAUGCUUUGUUUUUUUGUCUUUUUACUAUGUUUUUCGGAUUUUUAAGUCCGUAAGUGCAUACAAUUUUCUCUAAUUUUUAAACCCUUUCCUCCUCCCAUUUUGACAUUUGCACUUGGAGAACACGAGUUGUGAAGGUUUUGGGUUUCUACCCCAGAAAGUGGGAAUUUGAUUUUUCCCUUCCGAACUGGAAGAGCAUUUUUAUGAAGAAUUUUUGUCUUAAGAAAAUUUAACAGUGUUACCCAAGGUUGUGUCUUUAAGGGUGGUUCAUUUUCUCUGACCCUUUGUUACUCAAAGUAAAGUACUAGGAGUCCUAAGAAACGUUCUGUUCUUGUACAUUAUACUGAUUAAGUCAAGAUUAAUUUGAUUUCAAAGUUAAGAACAAUGAUAAAAACUCGUUUUCAGAAAUGCAUUUUGGAAGAGAAAAAUAUUGUAAAACGUGUAGUGAAUGUUUCUUGUUCAACCAAUGAGGAAAGGGCAUCGCCUUUCUUUUUACCAUUAAUCACUUCUCAAUAAACGUGAGAUCCUGUUGAGCAUU